AUGGGGCAGAAGAAGAAGAAUCGCCCUUGGUGGCCAGAGAGGGAAGAAGACCAAACCCUGGCCAAUCGCCCUGUGUGGCUGGUGGCCACUGUUCCUAGUGGUGGAAGAAGAAGUGGACAAUGGCCACUGCCCUCCUGGCUGAAGAAGAAGAUAUUGUCAUUCCGUGUUGCAAGCCGAGUCGAACUGCUGCGUCUUUGCCUACUACCAUUCGUUGCUGGACAACAGCUUCGUCAAAUGAAGCACACCACAGACGUCAACGAAAAUGCAGCAUCUCUUCCCCUGGAACCAGUACCUGACGCGGUUCAGAAUACGUCCAGAGAUACAGCGCGCAAAGAAGCCAAGCUCGAAGCGUCAUGGAGCACAGUCGGCUACUUCGUCGCUCUCCUCCUCAUCGUCGCUAGCGUUGCUCUCAUUCGAUCGCGAGAAUCGCUUUUCGAAAAGAAUAGACGGCACAUCCCAUGUUCCACGUCGGUAUGUCUCCGAGAAGCCCUGUCUCUUAAGGAUGCUCUCGACCAAAGCACGCACCCUUGCGACGACUUCUACUCUUUCGUCUGCGGAAAAUGGACUCCCAGGUUUCCUCGAAGUCCUGGCGUGUCGCGCGAUACACUGGAGAGCGUCAACCAAGGGGUAUUGAAGGCAAUCGACGGGGGCCGAAACGACUUAGGCAGCGCUGUGUCCAAAGCGGAACGCAUGUUCAAGAUGUGCAUGACCAGCAGCCGUCAAAGUGCUGCAGACGUCGAGGAUCUGAAAGACUUCAUGAGCAGACGAGGUCUGUCGUGGCCCGACGAUGUGCAAAACCCAGGACGUCAUCCUUUAGACAUCUUAUUGGACCUGGCUAUAAACUGGAAUGUCGGUCUAUUCUUCUCGGUCCGCGUGAAACAUGUUUCCAAGCGACGACCGCUAAUUCAGAUCGAUAAAGGCAGCGUAUCUCCCACGUGGAUGAAUUUCUUGGACAGCAUACAGAACGCGAACCGCUAUCUCUCAUACGUUCACGGCUACUAUCUCUAUUUUCACAACGCGUCCCCUAGCGCUAGCGUCAUCGAAGACCUUAGACGAGACGAGAAGUUGGUACUGCAGAACCUCUCCUCCUGCUUUUCGGGUCGCAGAGAACUUUCGUUCGUAAUUAACCAAAUAACUGCGUUGGCCACACCAAAGACUCCCUCUUCGUCGUGGCUAGGGCUCUUGAACAAGCACUUUGAUCCAUUUAUUGUUUUCAGGACGACAGAUCGCGUGUACGUUAGCAACGUAAAGCUCCUUCGCGUUGUCGAUAUGCUUAUAUACAACAUUAACAGUUCGCGCGUGCGACUCAAUAUCGCCUGGACAUUCCUUCAAAUGUACUCCUGGCUAGCGUCCGUGGAUAACCCAGUGAAAGACAUUCCAGACUCCAACCUUUUUCUGAAAUCCAACGUGACCUGCUUGGCACUCGCGGAGCGGACGUACGGCCUCGCUGUACGAGCUCGUUUUAUUCGGGAGAUAUCUGAACGGGACCGCUCCGAAGUUGAACGAAUCCGAUAUACGAUAGAUCAGAGCUUUAUCAGUCAUUUCAUCUCAACGGCAUGGAUAGACGCGACAUCCAGGGUCGUGGCACUACGGAAACUUCGUACCAUGGAUGUGGGUCUGUGGCCGCCGGAUAUUGUCUUCAGCGGGCUCGGCCUCGAGGACAUGUUCGCCAGGUUUCCGGAACCACAGGGUUCACUCUUGAAAACGUGGCUCCGUUCGCAAAAGGCGCGCAGAUCGCUGUUAGGCCACAAAGACUAUUCUAGUGUGUUCAAUUUCGACACCGAGGUGCCGCUGAGGUACAUGUACUCGAUCAACGUGCUGGCAGUUUCCCUGUCUGCAACUGGAACUCCAUUCUUCGUGGACGGUGGUACAUCGGCGAUGAAUUACGGUGGAUUCGGAGCGCACUACGCCGCGGCCGUCGCAAGAGCGUUCGACAGCUUGGGAACCCUCUACGAUGCGGAAGCUAGAAAUGCUCUCUGGUGGUCUCAGUCUUCGUACAAAGACUACGAGCGCCGAACAACGUGCAGGUCUUCCAGCGACAUGGCGGUGGAGCACAGUCAAUUGCAGCACCUGAUACCUGGGUUAGAAGCAGCGUUUGCCGCCUACAGGCAGAGCAAGUCCAAUGUCCUGAAGGUCCCCCAGUGGCGUGCCAAGAACCUGGAAGAGUUCCCCGACGAUCAAAUAUUCUUCAUCAACUUCUGCCACGCCUUCUGUGCAAGCACUCCUACCGCGUUCCAGAGGGCAUCCUGCAACGUUCCCUUGAAGAACCUGUGGACAUUUUCAGAUGCAUUCCUUUGCCCUUUGAAUUCGACCAUGAACCCCGUAGAGAAAUGUGGGUUCUUCGAUGCCCAAAAGGUCACCAUUUAAACAUUGCCGUGUUCCUGCAAUAUGUCUUCACUCGCGAUAUACCACGGAGACGGAGAUGACAUAGAAAAAUGCACAUGGUACCGCUAUCAAUACGCAGUAUCGUAAAAUGCGAUGAGUAUGGGACCCAUAUCAGUGUAUGAGUAAAGUGUGAGCAUGGAA